AUUUUCUUUUUUCUUUUUUGUUAAAUAUACAUACACAUAGCUUCUCAUACAAGUCAAAAAAUGAUUAGAUGGGAAGUAUUUUUUUUUGUUUUUUGUUUACUUUUGUAUUAAUUUUUUGAAAAUUAGAAGAUUUUUUUAAUAAAAUUAGCCAGAUAUCAAUGAGGUGUUUGAGCCAUGAAUACAUUUCCAGGAAAGUAAGACGUGGGGUUUGGGGUUGGUUGGGGUGGCUUGCAUGGGAAUCUAUCCUAUAACAGAUGUUAGUUUGUCUCAACAAGCAAGGGAGGUAUUUCCCAUAUAAAGAAACACAAAACCCCACAAACCCAAGAAUUUAAAAUCUCCAUUUACUUUAUUUCUUCCUCUAUUCUACCUAAUCCUUCUUUCAUCACCAACCCCGUUUCUUCCUCUUCCUUUCUUUCUUGCACGCCUCAAACUGGACUCUCUUACUUUUUCCGUUUUUUUUUUUUUUAAAAAAAAAAAUUAAGUACUCAUCAGCAACAUAGCAAAGUGAAAUAGUGAUGGCUGGAUUGUCAUGGAACAGUCCCAACCUGUGGUUGAGAGGUUUAGAAGGUAGGAAUGAGGGGAAGAAGGGGGAGGUGAUUUAUCAUCAGUCCGGGAUGGAGCUAAUGCAGAACUGCGAUCUCCCUCCACCGGUUAAGGUGUUUGCAGGGUCAGAUAAAACGGUCAUAUCAUCCAUGGAUAGGAUAUGCAGCAUGAUGGGGCGAGAAGAUGGAACAAGUGAUGAGACAAAUAUGGAGCUAUUAAGGGCGCUGCACCUUUCACAAACACGGGCUAGAGAGGCGGAGAGGAAGGCUGCGCUUAUUGCAAAGGAGAGGGAUUCUAUUUCCAAUGCUCUGCUGGAGGAGUCUCUGCAGUUAUUGGCGUAUCGGCAGUGGGUAAAAUUGCUCGAGUUUCAAGUUUCGAAGUUGCAAUCCCUGCAAACGAAACACCAAGAGCAAUGGAGUUUUGUUGGGAUGGGAGGAUCAACCAUGGGGGAAGAUGACAACGAGGGGGGGAUGGGGGGCCGCGGUGUGACAUGGAUUAUGGCUUUGGCGUUUUGUUUGGGUAUUGCAUUUGGCUGCAAAUACUUGUUUUGAAUUUUCACUUGUUUUAUUUUUUCCUACAUCUCUGCUCUGUAUGGGUUGCUUGGAAACAUUGCAACAUGUCGGCAAACAAAAGGGCAGGGCAGAACACAUAAUAUAUGUUUCAAAUUUUCUGAUGUAAAUGAAAUCAACUCUCAAUUCUCAAACA